AUUAAAUUCAACCAAACAACAACAACAAAACACAACAACAACAUCGAUGCGAAAAAAACAUUAUUGCCAAAUUGUUAUAACCAUUACUGUCUUGACGGAAAGCAACCCGACGGAAAGAAAUAACUGCUGAUUGAAAACAAACUGAAAGUCAUUCAUAUUCAAUGUGUAAAAAUGGCAAGGAAAAGUGAUGAGGAACUUUUGUGCAUGAUCAAAUCAACAGCUGAAGGAUCUUCCAUAACAACAGUUACAAGCUAUGCAGUGGAGGUAGGAUUUAGUGAAGAUUCUCACUCUGAAAAGAAAGAAAAUUUUAAUACUGAUAUUGCUGAUUUGAAUGUGAAGUUAAAGAGCACAUUUGAAGUUAAUCCAUCGACUGAUGAACAGUCUUGUACAAAUUAUGAGCAAGGUGUUUCAGGUGACACUAGAAAAGAGUCAGUAUCACUAGAAGAAACUGUAGGUAAAAAACUGAAGGCAGAACAAAAAAUCAAAAUGGCUGGAUGUGAGGAUAAAUGUGAUAGCCAUAAAAACUUGCAAGUCCACACAUCUACAAGUGGUGAAAGAGAAAAAACACAUACACUUCAACAAAACACAGCUAUAACUAUGGAAAGAGAUAACAAAAUGGAAUAUCAUAUAGAAAAAACUGUGAUUGGAGAUGUGAAUGAAUCAGACAUAGAAAGCAGCGAAUGUGAAAGUGAUGGUAGUUCUGACUUCCAUCUGCUUUCAAAAAGUGAGCUUGUUCACAGUCUGCAGGAGUGCAGGACAGAACUGAGCAUCACAAAGAAGAAACUGGAAGCAACACUCAGGCUGCUGAAAAAGUCGGAUGAUUAUAAUGAGGUGAUGCGAAAAAUGGUGGAGCAGCUAAGCAGUAAUAUUCAUAAUUCUAAGCACCGACACAUGGUGAGCGAGGGUGUACAGGUGGACACUGAACACCUUCUCAACUUAAGUUCAGUUAUAUUACCAAAAUGGAGCGAUGACAAUCUAAAGGCAGCUUCCAAGGCUACAGACCACACUAUGGCAGUGGACCAGCAGGCAGAAUCCAAUGCAUGUACACUAUCAAUAGCUGAAAGUAUCAAGCAAGCUGCUGAGUCUGUAAUUCAACAACAAGAGCAGGAUGAACAGGAGGCGAUGUUGAAACGGACUGGUUAUGUGUUUGAUCCUACAUCUAGUCAGUACUACCACCCAGAGACUGGUUACUACUAUGACCCUAAAACAACCUUAUUUUAUGACCCCUCAUCUGGCUGCUACUACUACUUCAACUAUGAAAAAGGAGAAUAUGUGUUCCAUGCACAAGUUGAGACACAGAGUAGUUCAUCUUUCCAGCAACACAGUUUUGCAUCAGAAAAUGCACCCCAGGUAUAUUACCAUGGCAACCAUGACAGACUGACCGGCUAUGAAGAGACGCACAAAAAUAGACGAGAGAGAAAGAAACUGGAAGAACAUCAACAUGCUGAUGAUCAUGAAGAAAAAGAGAAGGGGGAGUUAAGUGAAGAUUAUUUAAAAGAAAGGAGAAGAAGUAGAAAUAGACAUUCUAUGCGCACAAAUGAAAAACAAUGGCGGAAUCAGCAUAGUGGCUAUUUUGAAUUGCAAUCAAGGUCUAGGAGUAGUAGUAACUCUAAGCAAAGGAAAAAACGAAGAAAGCACAAAUCUAAAAGCAAGAAACGUCAUAGAAAACAUAGAAAAAGUGAUGAUGCUAAUAGUGAUGUGGAAAGAGUUGAUCAAUCAAACCAUUGUGAAGCCAAAAUGGAUAUUGAUGAUGAAAAUAAAGAUUUGGACAUGGGAACUCAAGAUAAUAGUAAGGAAGAAACAGACAUUAAUGAUAGCCAACCAAAUACAGACAAUAAAUGUGAAGAGCUAAGCACAGACAUAAAGGUUGAAGAUCUCAGUGAGGAUGACAACAAGAAGUGUCACAAAAGAAGACACAGUAAGAUAGGGUCUAAAUCCAAGCACAAAAAGAAGAAGCACAGUAAAAGGAAGAAAGGCCAUGCAAGGAAAGAUGAUAAUAUAGGCAUAGAGUCAGGCGAAUGUUGCGAUAACAGCUUAGAGCUGGAGGAUGUAUCAGAGGACUCUAGCCUUGACAGUGAGCUUGAAGACAAUUAUUGCUAUGAAGGUCAUGAAAUGGCCCCUCAGUUAGAGCAGCAAGGGAGCAGGACUACAGUGCCUGUGUAUGAUGAGUAUAUUACGAGUCAUGGGGAGGAGUUCAGCAUUGUUGCACCAGGCCUAACAAUGGGCACACAGGAGAAUGCAGAACUUGCUUCAAGCUGGCCCCCGUGUAUCCGAAUGAUAGUGACCACAUCUGACAGCUUGUCUGUGGGUACACUGUUCAUAGUUCCAUGCACCGGCUCUGUGAUUGGUCGAGAAAAAUGUGAUGUCAUCAUCCCAGAUUUGAAUGUUAGCAAAGAACAUGCAACAAUAUCUUACAAUGAACAAAGCAGACAGUAUGAAAUUGUCGACAAUGCUAGUCAAAAUGGAACCAUUGUUAAUGGAACUAGGAUUUCAAUGCCUAAAGUGAUGAGUGAUCCAGUAGUUUUGAGUCAUGGCUCUAACAUUUGGAUAGCAGGCACCCAGCUACUGUGUCACAUUCACAGUGGCACAGUGACCUGUGACAACUGCGAACCAGGCAUUGUAAUGUCCAGGCAUCAGUCUAGUCAAAACCAAGAACUUAAAGUGCUCACCAAAGAAGCCAAAAAGCUUAGACAAAGACAAGAGAUGAAUGAAAUAAAGAAGAAAUAUGGUCUAAAAAAUAGCAAGUAUGUGGAUGACAGAAAGGUUUUUAACAAGCCAGAGUACGAGGACAAGGCAGCGUUACGUCGCAAACAUGUCGCAUCUGAUACCUCUGAUUACAAGUCCUCAGCUCCAUCGUCCGUGCACAGGCCUAUUUCAAACGAUAACAUCGGACACAAACUACUCGCUAAGAUGGGCUGGAAAGAAGGAGAGUCCUUAGGAAAAGAUAAUUCCGGCAUUCAAGAACCGAUCAACGUCACUCUUCGUGCGAAUCAGAACGCGGGUCUAGGCUCUUUUGGCGCUGGGGGAUUUAGUAUGGACGACGUUGCUUCCACGGAUCUCACCAAGGCAUCCAGACGGGUGCAGGCACAACAGCGCUUUAACAAGAUAGAUAGCAACGGGGACGGUAAAGGAGGAAAACAGGGCGCUUUGAUGACAUGGACAAAAGGCGAUACGCAAUUCAGCAACGAUUAAAUCAGUUGCAGAUUCAAAUUUAUAUGUAUUAAUUGUAUAUUUACAUGUUGAUUACAAAUUAGAUAUUACAAUUUUAAAGUUUACAAUUUUAAAGUUAUACGUCUUUUUAUAGCAUUUUGCUCGAACACCGAAGAGAAUGCCCUUACAUUAUAUCCCUGUGUUCUGGCGUCCCACCGCGGACAUAGAUCAUGGGGCGUAUCACUUUACAUAUACGGAGGAAGCAGUGCAGUAAACCUUUGAAGACAUUCAUUCCUUAAAUACGCUUUUAAAACACAUUAAACGUGGUUUUAGUUCAUGUAAUGAUAUGUUGUAUAUUUUGCUUAUGAGGAAUUAAAUACUUCACAGUUUA